AUGGCAGCUUCGACGCAGGAGACAGCACCGCAUUCUAGAACGCUCGACUAUGGCAGGUCGAGCUCGAUGAUCAGGAGAAAAGCUGCGGCGAAAGGCGACCUGGCGAAGCUGAUAUGGUGCUUCAUCGGCGUGGUGGGCACGCUCAUCAUCUACGGCAUUGGCCAGGAGCGGAUAAUGAAGUUCCCUUACGGUGACAGGGACGAGGAUUCGGAGUACUUUCAGCACUCGCUCUUCAUCGUGCUUUGUAACCGCCUCAUGACAUGUGCUGUGGCAGUUAUUGCGCACCUGGUGACAGGAGCGUCGUUGGCUCUUGUGGCUCCAAUUUACGCCUAUGGCGCUGUGUCCCUCUCCAAUGUUAUCUCGUCUGGGUGCCAAUACGAGGCCCUCAAGUACGUGAGCUUCCCUCUGCAGACCAUAGCCAAGUCAUCCCGCAUGGUGCCCGUACUGAUCUGGGGCACGCUCAUAUCGCGCAAGCAGUACAAGCCCAGGGAAUACAUCAUCGCCAUCACCAUCAUCCUCGGCUCCUGCCUCUUCUUCCUCAACGUGACUGCACGCACGAGUGUCAAGAGCACGUUUUCUGGCCUCCUGCUCAUGCUCGGAUACCUGGGCUUUGACGGCUUCACCAACACGUUUCAGGACAAGCUGUUUGAGGGCUAUGACAUGCCGGCAGCCAACCAGGUGCUCUACAUCACACUCUGCUCCUCCGUCAUCAGCCUCCUGGGCCUGCGUCAGGACCUAUCAGCGGCCAUUGCAUUCAUCAUGCGCCAUCCCGACUGUGCCGUCCACAUCGCAGUGCUCUCUGUGGCGGCCACUAUAAGCCAGUUCUUCAUCUCCUACACCAUCAAGACGUUUGGUGCUCUCACCUUCGCCACCAUCAUGACCACUCGCCAGCUUCUCAGUAUCGUACUAUCAUCAACCAUCUAUGGACCGCCCCUCUCCUCCACACAACAAGUCGGCACAGUGGUGGUGUUUGGUGCUCUCUACUACAAGAGCUGGUACGCGGUUACCAGAGCAGCAGCAGCCAGCCAAUCAGCUUCCGCCACCAGCAGUAGCACCAUCGGAACCAGCAGCAACAGCAGCAGCAGCAGCAGCAGCAGUAACCUUCUGGCCACAACAAACCCUGGCAGCAACACUACCCCCACCUCAGCUUCUACCCUUUCCCAUUCCUCCUAUGGGGGGAUAGAAAUGAGUGGUGGUGCGAGCGGGGGCAAGGAUCAGGAGAAGCUGGGAGUUGCCAUCACCCCGCCUUCUAGGGACCUCAUUAGCCCCUCCUCUGGUUCCUUGUUCAGAGUGAUAAAGAACAGACUGUCUGGGGGGGGCGGUAGCGGGAUAAGGGAAGAGGAAUCGCCACUCAUGGGGGGGAGAGAUGGGGAAGGUGGGAGCGGGGUAGGCUCAUCUGACAAGUUAUGA